CGUUUUUUUUUUUCUUUACACCUUUACUACAAAACCACAUUUUACAAAAAAAAAAGCCCUUCGGGAACCUCUCCAAAGAACCUCGGCGCAUUGGUAGCAGUAUAUAUACUAUUUCACAGACGAAUUAUUUUACAAGAGAAUUUAGUAUUUUGGUUCAUAGAGGGCACCGAGAACAGGCGACCAGCCCUGCAAUUGUUAAGAAUUUUGCCUUUUGCACUAAGCUCCUCCCCCUGUCUAUGGUAGGGCUAGAGAGUAGACUACCAAAUUUUGGACGGUUGCAACUUGAAAUCGAGACUCGGGAGCUCUAUUUUAACAAAUUUUAAACCGUAAAUAAGAACGAAAACAACUAAAAAGUAACUAUAUACAAUAUACAUAGUCCAUCAUCAAUCAGCCUACACAGAGUGACAUUGAACACCAACAUGCAUUGAAAUGUUAUACAUACUUGAUAAUAUGCCACUUUCAAGUAUGUGGUGAAAAUCCUAUAUUCAACGAUCUGAAGAUACAAAAUGCAUGAAGUUAGGCUUAACGAAGAUGGAAGAAUGGUCAACAGAAAACUGUUGUCUAAAGCGUUAAAACUGGAAAAUCAGGGAUUGCUAGUUGACUUUGCAUGGAAGGAGACAAUUCUAGCCGAAGAAGUCCAUCUGAAUGAAUUAGUUAUAAAAGGGUGUGACAACAUUGAAAUACCUGUAUCAUUACAGAAAAUCGGGAAUUUAAAAGUCAUUUCAACUAAACUGUCAGUACCAGCAUUUGGUAAAAAUUACCUACCUUUUGAUGUUUCACAGAAAUGGGAGUUAAGUGGCUCAAAGAUUUCUUCUACAACCUUUGAAGGCUUUGAUCUUUCAUCAUUGGCUUUCCGUUAUUUACGACUACCUACCGAAUUGACGAAUGUUCAAGCAAAGCUUCAAAAGCUUAUAUUAUUCGGUAAUGGUGGAUUCAUGCCAUCAAAUUCUGACUGCAUGGUUGACGGUAAAAUCGGUACAGUGAUCCUUCAAUUACCCGUUGAAGGGGGCCAUCUAGGCGGCAAUUUAAAUGUAGAAUAUAAAGGAAGACCGAAAAUAUUUGAAAAUCAUCCAAACAGUAACAAGAACUUUUACCUCUCUGCCUUUUACAACUGCUGUGAAUAUUUUACAAAACCCAUCACUCAAGGAUACCAGCUUAACCUUGUCUUUGAUCUCAUUUGGGCAAAUGUCAAGAUUGAAAUCCCACAGGAACUGCCAGUUUUUCUUACAUCUUUAAAACAAGCUAAAGAAGCACUGAAGCCUUGGAUGCAACGAAUGGAUUUUCAAGAGGAAAAGGUCAGAACUGAUGUAAUAUGCACGAAGAUAAAAAUGGAAAACACCUUUGACAAGUCUGAAGGGGAUUUCAAAUUUCUUAAGCACAACCCAGUUCGGCAGUUCGGGCAAGAAGUCUCUCAACCGCCGGAUAUGAACGUUUCUUUGGAAGGGCCGUUUAGUGAAAGCUUCAAUAAGGAAUCUGACUGCCUUUCGGAAAAGAGUUUUAAAGAAAACAUCUUGUUCUUCAUUCUGCAAGAAAAGUACGACGUGGAAAACUUCGGAUUCGAAUUCCUUCGAGGCAAAGAUCGAAAAAUGGCAGACCUUCUUCAAAGCUGCGUUUUCCUCGACGUGCACAUUGCGAUGGCAACAUGCUGCGAACCAGUAGCGAAUUUGACGUUAGAAGAAAACAACGAAGGUAUAGAAAUUUCACAUUUGAUUGGUUCUGAUAAUGUGACGAGAAACGUGAGCAUCGAAUUGAAGUGGCGCAAGCAUUUUAUUGAAGACAUUGCAUCCGACCAAGAAAAAAAUUGUCGAGACAAAAUUGAACUCGCCAAGAAACAUUUGGAUAACGGUGUAAUGGUGAUUUGGCCAAAAUAUCAAGCAGCCCAGAUAUACUGUCGUUAUGGCCUUGAAUCGCUUCUUUCCUCGAUGGAGAAAUCAGUUUCGUUGCCCAAAUGGCAGGAAGAUGCUCGGCAAAGUGCCAUAAAUCAUUUACGGCAGCUAAUUUCGUUUUGCUACGCUGAACCUCAACGUGCUUGGACUACAUCGGGUUUAGAGAAAGGCGAAUUGACUCUGAGAGUGCUCCGUCUCUGUAUUGCCAUGUCAGCUCACGAAGAGGGUCUCGAUCUAUUGAAGCUACUUGGUUCUAAUUUUGAAUCUCGUGGAAAAUUCGAUACCGAAAAUUUUGAAGGAAUUCAAAACGAAGAAGUCGCUCAGGCCAUUUCGGAUUUCUUGAAUGAAGUUACUGGUAGGAUGAGCGUCGCUGAGUUGAUUGAACCACUUCUCACUCGUGAUCGAAUUUCAAAGCAGUUGCUCCCCAUUUUGAAAUUGGCAAAAUGUUUGCUCAGGAGUAGCUUCAUGGAAGGAGCAACCAUGGUUGGAAAUUGUGUUUCGUCCUUUUUCGCCGAACUUGACCAGACUUGUGCUUCAAGGUCGAAGGAGUUUGAUGUGGAAGCUUACCUUGACAUGAUCGUUGACUUGGAGCUUAAUCCUGAAACCUCUAGUCGAAAAAGAACAGCGUCCUUCAUUUUCUUCUUUGCUAAAAUUCGGUCAUCCCAGCAGUGUCGCUUGUUGCUGUAUUUUGAAGCCCAGUUCAGAUCUCCAUUGAAGAACAACCAAUCCUGCCAAGACUUGUUUAACGCCUUGUGUCUUAAGAUUUUGUCUGCUGACUGCAACAUUUACGCACCCCCCGUCAAAACCAUCAUCGUCGAUUUAGUGAGUUGUUUUAUUCGGCUGGGAAAUACUGAAUUUCUUCAAAGUUUGAUUUUGAAAAUGUGUCAAGUGCCCGAUAAAGUUCCAGAGGGAAUCCAUGUGAGAAAUCAAAACUUAGUUGAGAAAAUAGUUUCUUCUCCAGCCAUAUGGGAAUUGGCAACCUCAUCAGAAGAAGGAAGGUCUACGAUGGCUUCACUAGUCGAUCACCAUUUAACCUUGUUAACACAUCAACUUUCAGCUUUUGAAGAUGAUGGCAAUGCAGAGCAGGUUACUCCUCCGGAUAAAAUCAAGAAUGUCGCUGACCAAGAAGCCGGGUUUCGAAACAAUCUUUGGCCUUGUGGUUUGUCACCAUGUAUUUGGUUUUUAAUGGAAAUUCAACAACACUACGAUGAUGAAGAUUCGCAUUGCUUGCCCAUUCGUGUUCGCGCUGAAUGGAAGACUUCGUUAAUUCUAGCAAAGCUAUGUGCUCAACAAUUGAUGCAACUCUUGAUCGACGUGCUCAAAGAACAUUCUGGAUACUUGAACAAACAUCUUCUCAGUUUUGGCACUCUUCGUACCUGCCGAUUAUGCUUUUCGCGGAUGAAAGAUAACGUGACUGUUAUGCCUCGUCGAGAAACUGUCCUGGAGUUGGUGAAUUGGUUUAUCCAAGCAGGUGACGAUACUCCAGUGCAAUUCAUUCUUGAGCAAGUAUUCACUUUGGAAAAACUUGGAACUUGGAGCUAUCAACAAAAAUACAAGCUUUUUGAAAUGCUUGUUUCAUCGCCUGAAGUUUGGAUAAAAUUGGAUUCUGGUUCAAAGUUACUAGUUUUGAAAUCUUGUGUUGAUGUUGUCAUAAUGUGCAACGACUUUUCCCAGAACUCGUCAAUCCUAAGUGACUGUGUCCGGCUUCUUUUUUUGGUGGAAAAGAAUCAACCCCCUGACGGCCCAAGUAUCGCUACUCACAUUUUUACACAAUUUUUGACGAAGAUAACGACUUCUCAGCUGAUGGAACUUUUGUUAGACUUCCAGUUGUCCGAAAAAAAGGACCCUAACAUUACAAAUGUUCCUGCCUACGCUGAAUGGUAUUUUAUUGCAUAUCGGAUCUUCUUUAAGCAAGAUUUUGUGUCGUUCGUGAAAUCUACAGAAGAAAACGCAAAGAAGAUUUUAAAGUGCCUUUUCUGGCUGAAUGACUUUGCCUGCUGGGAAUAUUUUGAACUUCAGCUUUGCCAAUCCUUUCCGUCAGAAGAAGGAAAUCUCUUCUUGAAGGCUGUAGUCAACAAUGAAGAUCUUCGAGAAGUCUGCUUGAAUACCCCUUUUGCUUUAAAUGCUUUUCGUCGCAUCCUUGACCACUGGAUACAAUGUUCGAAUCCCCAAAAGGAGCUACCCUUCACCUGGAGACAGCCUCAUGCUGUGUUAUCUGACCAUCCUCGAGUGGAGAUGUUUCUUCGUUCAUCUCAAGAAUGUAUGACGUAUGCAAAUUUCCAUGACUUUUCAGAAGCCCGUCUGUUUGGUGAAGGUCUAGAAAGAAGUGGACCAGAAAAUGGAUUUAGCGUUCGAGCGUUUCCGGGCGGAAAAGGAAAAUAUGCUUAUUGUGAAAUAAUUAAAAAUCUUGGUCAUCCCAGUUUUUUUACGAAAGUUAUUGAAGCAAGAAAAUCCGAGUUGGAGAAAUUGGUUCAGUUGCGCCAAGACCUGCACCAUGGCCUGUACAACUCAUCACAAGAAGCUGUUGAAGACACCCUUGCUUAUUUCCGAGGUUCCUCUGAAUUGGGCACUACUACCGGUAAUUGGUCGUCUACCUUAAAUGCAUCACAAACUGCUUAUAUUGCUCCAACUCCGGUGAAUAGCCAAACUGUUGCCUGGAAUGCAGCUUCGCAUUCUUGUACUUCUGUGAUUUCGACCACAAGCACAGCGCCAAUGUCAACAACAAGCUCCAAAACAUCCAACGACGAUGACUGGAGUGAAAGGAUUGAUAAUUUGGCUGCAGAUUUCAGAAAAGCAGGAGAACAGUUGCCUGUUGCUCCGUCACCACCGCCUGAUGAUUUGAUAGCUUUUGUCGAUGCUUGUACGUCAAGUGAAAAAAAUGCAACAACCAAGACAAGAGCGAUGAGAUUAGGUUGUCAGUCGAGUUCAGAUGGAUCCAGCCAAGUGACAACCGCAAGUAUGAGCAUUGCACCACCAGCUAGUUGGUGCUCCUGGACAAUUCCCAAAAUGAAAAAAUCUCGAGGAAAUGAAGAUCUGGCACCUGAAGCCGACGCUGGAAGAGUCAAAGGAAGAACGAAUGUGGACGGUAAAAAAUCUGGCCGUCGGGCCAGCUCUAGCAGUAAAAGAAACCCGCCUGUUUCGGGGGCUAACGCACUUCCAGUAUGUGACAGAAAAAAGAAAACUGUUAAUGCAGAUCCUCGGAUUUGCCGUAAGAGCAUUCAAAGAGGACACACGUUUUUAAAAUGUCCGAAUGACCCAAUCGAUGAAAGGAAUGUUGAGAAAAACCCUAUUUCUCUUAGCAGCGCUCCUUCAGUUGGAAUAAAUUUGGCAACGAAUGAAGAUUGGAGUGUUGAAAAUGCUAGGCCUUAUAAAGAAGCCCCAAGAGACGAUGUCUCCAGUAGAAGGAGGGUAGCGCGAAAUGUUUAUAGUUGGAAACGAGGACAAAAGACUCUGCAUUCCACCGAACCAAAACCAAGUGACAAUUGGAGAGCUAGUGGUGAUGCUUGGUCACCUUUUCCCAGUUUUCCUGAUCUGCCUUCUACUUCGGGUACUAGCGGUGUAACGAGAGCUGGAUUGUACAAGUGCGACAUACAACCAAAUGUGAAUGAAAACGUUCCUGCACCUAAACAUGUAAUCGAUGUGGAAAAGAGAUGGAAUCUUAAAGAAAUUGAAAGUUCGAGGAAGCACGAUUCACUACAAUCUAUGGGACAGUUUUUUGAGAUGGAACUUAACAAAUCGGAUGUACAGGUAACGGGAAUCCGAAAAGUGGGAGAGAUGGGUUUGAAUUUUAGAGAAAAUUCCAUUCAUUUCCCUGCUAAUUCUGUCUUGCCAGACAUGAGAAAGAAGAGUAACGAUGUUCAACUAGCUGCAGCCUCCAUUUGUUUUCCCAAACUCUCAAGAACUCUCAACCCUCUGCCAUCCACUGUAGAAGUGUGCCCGGUUGCCUGGAAAGGCCCCAUCGACGGCGGAGAAAUGGGACAAGUUAACGUCCAAGCGUUGAAUAUACGAAGUUCUACUGAUCUCUUUGACGUCUCUAUGCCGCCAUCACUUUUUGUGGUGGGUCGUAUCCGACCGGAAAGAGUUUGGGAUUACAUCAACCAAAUAAGAUUGGCUGCAACCCACGAUGUCGUUAUUCUCAAAUUCAUUCCGGCUUGCGAUUCUGACCAGAAAAACUACGCAUAUUUCCUCAGUCAACUACAGCAACGAGACAGAUUUGCCGUCGUGGGACGCGUUUCCAAGCACAUUAGGGAUUUUUACCUAAUUACAUUGCCCGAAGGAAGCGCUCUGCCAUCCGCAUUAGCCUCUUUAACUUCGGCUACGAAAUUAUUGGAUAAGAAUCGCAAGUCUAGUUUGUUGGUGGGUAUUGUGGUAAGAUCUAGAAUGAACGGAAAGACUGGUGUUGAUGGCGCUGUUUUGCCUACUGAAACGACUGACGCAUCCAUCGAAAUUGUACCUGCGGAAACGCCGAGCUCAUCAGUAAGAAACAGUACUGCCAUCCGUGAAAGUAACCCACCUAGUCUGAUCAACAUUCCCACCUCUAAGUUUUUCUCUGCGUUGGACGUUGACAUGAGAGUAACACCUCCACAUGCCAUUAUGGCAGACGUACUGAAAAACCUCGAUAUCGGUGGUUUGCAGGAAAUUCUCAAAACAGUUCAGACCAAAGAAGAAAACACUUGUUUGAGAAAGCGAAAGUUUGGCGAUGUGGAUACUGAUGCUGAAAUCAUCCCUACCAAACUGGUCAAAGCAGCAAUUGAUAGUAGUGCAGAGACCGUCCCUUCCAAAGUGACUGCUUUGCCUGUCAAAUGUUUGCCACCCACCUCAGUGAGUAGCAGUACAGCCAAUCCUAUCUACAUAUGCACUUCGUGGCCCAGUUCAAGCACUAGUGACAGGAUUGCUAAAAAUAUCCAAACCGGACCCCAAACUGCUGACUUAGCACUCUAUAGUCCCGGCCUACCUAUGGACCCUGUAACCCACAUACCAGCUAUCGAUGAGGAUUUGCUGAAAAAACAAAACGAGUUGAUGGAAGAAUUAAAUUCAGCACUUCCAGCCUGGCUAGCGGUUGAUAAAAAGAAAACUGGGAUGUCGGAAAACAUCCAGGGUCCUCAGCAAUAAACACACCAUAACAACGCUCUCCGCAUAUCCCCUGCAAUGAAUUAAGAGGUAACUAACUAGUUGCGAUUUUUAAUUCAUUCGAUUAAGCGACUGUUAGGGGAUUGUCAGAAUAAUCUAUCAAACUAUUUGGAAGAGAAAUUGUCAUCCUAGACUCGGUAAAAACAAUUGCAAAGUCUUAGUUUAAUUCAUGUUUGAUGUGAAAUUUAGAUUCCCUCAUGUCAUCUAGUUUUGGAACCAUGAGUUUCAUUGCUGUUUUCUUCCUUUCUCCCAUAAGUGACUCCAUGAGACGUUAAAUUGUACCGUUCUUUUUUAUUUUGCAUUUCCCAAGUUCUCAGUUUUGGUAUAUUAGUCACUCAUCGAGGCUACCAUUUAUCCUUAUUUUUUUUUUUUACUUACGGUAAAUUACUCUGGUAAUGAGUAAUGUUCGUCGUUUGCGCUCGGUGGCUUGGUUGAGUUAAAUUUGUCUGAGUUAAAUCUUUCAAUUUUUUGUUGUACUUUCUUCUUGCAAAGGUGAAGGUUUUAUGACUUGUGUUUUAUGAAGGGAAAAAGAAAAAUAGAAUUUUAAAAAAAAAUGAAUUGAGUUUCCA